AAACUCACCCUAAGAAGCCUUUAAGAACACCAAGGCGGUGGUACCGCUGGUGGGGUAUAAAAGUAGCCGCAUGCGCGUUUCCGUGAAAAAGUGCGGCCCGCCUCCAGUACCGCCUCCACCGCCUCCACCGUCUACGACGACCCUCCACCCCCUUUUCGCGAGAAUCUCGAGACCCCCAGGACCCCCCAAGACGUCUCGGCUGGCCCGAGCUGUGGCCUUUUUCGAGAAUUACCUACGGCCAACGUGUCCUAACUCUCUGCGAUUAGCCUCUCCUCUUUUAACGUUGCCAUCAACCACUUUUAGGAAGUGUCGAGGAGCAAAAUAUUCGUGCUGUCGUCAGAGUUACAGUGUCUACUUAAAGAAAGAGAGUGGGAGAGAGAGAGAGAGAGAGAGAGAGAGAGAGAGAGAGAGAGAGAAAUAGAAAGAGAGAUAGAGAGAGAGAAAGAGAAAGAGAGAAGGAGAGAGAGAUCGUUUUCUUAAGGAAAACAUGAUAUUUCAUGUAUGAAAUCGUGAAUUAGAAACAAGUGAUAUCUAAACGGUGUUAGUGUCUUUAUUUAAGUAUAGUUUAAUAUGUGAGAUAUAUUAAUAAAAUCAUUUCUACGGACAGUGACGUGAGUGUCGAUCAGUGUUGAUCCAGGAUCAGAUCUUGUUACGAAGUUAGAACGGAAUGAGAAGAAUCUUCAUGGAGAUCAUCGAGGAAGACAUUCGAGGUUAUCCGAGACAUCGGGAACUUUGGAGUAACGAAGAUGAAUCGUAAUAAAAGUUCGAAGAGUCGAAAGAAAAGAAUAAGAAUCAAGGUACCAUCACACGGUGAUCAGAGUAAAGAGUAAAGAGGACGUUUGGCGUCAUCCGGUGAGGCGUCAUCGCUGGCAUCAGUAGAGAGAGGAAGAGAGAGAGAGAGAGAGAGAGAGAGAUAUAUAAAAGAGAGGGAAAGAGAUAAAACGAGAGAGAAAGAGAGAAAGAGGGAGAGAGAAAUAGUAGAAGAGAAGGAGAAAAGCGAAGAGGAGGAAAGAGAGAGAGAUAGAUAAAGAGAGAAGAGUGCUAGAUAGAGAGAGAAAGAGAGAUUUUUCCCCACCGCUUGGAAAAAGCAUCCCCCACCAGAGCGAGUUUUAGGGGUGCGAGAGGGUUGGCGGGGGUGGUGGCGGCGCGGAGGAAGAGGAAGAGGAGGAGGAAGAGGUGGAGGGACGGGCUGCGGAGGAAGGGGGUUUACCCGGGGUGGUCUCGGUGGUGGCUGGGGGCGGCAGCCUCAAAAAUACACCGCAACCACACCGCGCGGCUCCACCGCAGAAGCCGCCAUCUUCCACCGCCGAACCGAAACGAGACCGCGCGAGUUAAACACCCUAUCCUACCCCGUACAAGUUGCCGCUGCCACCCGCCGAGGUAUCGCCAGGUGAACGACUACCUUCGUCAUCCUUGCCAGCAGUUCGAGAAACGUUAUCAAGACGACCUACGAAGAUCUCACUUCGUCUCUGAUUUCUCUGCUGGAUCACACAACUGAGUUACAACAUUACCGUUUGGAUCGGAGGAUCUUGAUAAUCGUUAUGAAGAAAUCUUUUAGAUCGCACAAUUGAACGAAUCAAAUGACAAUUCAUUAUUCAAGGAAAAAAGUGAUUUCGUUUGUAGUGUCGUGUUCGGGAAACGUUUUUAACAAGUGUAUAAAACAAUUAUACUGCUCUCAAGUUAAAAGAUCUUUUUUUCUUUUUCUAAAAGAACCCAUUUAUUAGCUAGUUUUCAUUUGCUUGUUUUUUUUUUCUUUUUUCUUUUUCUUCACUUUUUCGUAUUCAACGAAUAUUAUCGUUCUCAAUUGGUGAAAGGGAAGGGUAAACUCGACGGACUUAUUCACAAUUCGAUACACGUGACAACUGUAUGUUUCGUUGGAACUCAUGAACGCGGGCGAAUUUAAGUGUAGAGAACUUCCAUGCCUCGGGAUAUUCUCGAUCCUUGAGAUAAUUUCGAAGUGUACGAUUUAACGACGGGAAGGAAGUUAAAAGUAAUAACGGACCGUCUCUCUAGUGCGUUCUCUAUCGCGAAGAAAGGAAGACGGUAGUAUUGUAUAUCGUUCGACGGGGAUAAAGACGAGAGGAGAGAAAAAAAGGAGGAAGUUUGAGGAAGAAGAAAAAGAAGAAAAAGAAGAAGAAGAAGAAGAAGUAAUAGUAACAGUAGUAGAAGAAAGAAAGAAAAAAAAAAGAAAAAAAGGAAAGAGAGAGAGGGUAGUACUUCCUGUCGAUUCCAAUAAAACGAAUUUUCUCCGCGACUUGGCAAUCGAGACAGGAGGAAGAAUUUGCAAACGGAUGCUCCUCUCCCAAAGCGAGAUAAUGAAAUAAGGAUCAAAGGAUCCUUGGGGUUCGUAGGCCAAGUAAGAGCAACCGAGCAGCAUUCUGUAUGGCAUUCGUUUCCGAAGCCAACAAAUCUGUUUCCUUCGAGAGAAGCUAUCAUUCUUAAUGCGUUCUUCCUGAUCUACAAGGGUUAUCAGUUCGAUCGAAAGUAUCAAACGCGUGCUUUCUCUUUUUCUCUCAUUUUCUCUCUCUCUCUCUCUCUCUCUCUCUCUUUCACUUUCUCUUAGUCUCUCUUCUUCUCGUUUUAUUCCUCGAUCCUAAAUAUCGAUAAGAGAGAUCCUAAAUUUGAUCGAUUGUAUUCACCAAGUGAUCACUAGUUAAAAAAAAAGAAAGUAUCUUUGCUUAUACGAAGUAAGAAAAAACUGAUGAUCCUGCUCUCAUGACGAAUCCUUCGCGAGAUGUUGUCCGUCCCGAAGAUCGGCCUCCUGGCCUAGAUUAUCCCGAUCCUAGAUCGGUUCGUGGUGAUCAUCAAGGACAUCAAGCGAUUCCAGGGAAUCAAAUCGGUGGAGCGAGAAUACGUAGGACUAGGGCCUCUUCCUCGAGGAGAAGAAUGCACCUAGCUAACGACGUGCCUCCUCAAGGUUCUACAAGCGGUAAUCAUCAUUCUGAUUAUGCACUCACUGCUGAUCUACUCGCUGAAAGGACGCUGGAUGGUUUGCUUGCUGAACAUCCUGGAGAACUUGUGCGAACAGGUUGUCCGCACGUGGUAUGCACAGUUCUACCGUCGCAUUGGAGAUCAAACAAGACUCUUCCGGUAGCUUUCAAAGUAGUGGCACUUGGUGAGGUCGGUGACGGCACCUUGGUCACCGUACGGGCGGGCAACGACGAAAACUGUUGCGCAGAGUUACGGAAUUCCACCGCACUGAUGAAGAAUCAAGUUGCUAAAUUCAACGAUCUUAGAUUCGUCGGUAGAAGUGGCAGAGGGAAGAGCUUUACCCUAACCAUCAUGUUGCAAACAACGCCACCUCAGGUAGCCACCUUAUCGAAAGCGAUCAAGGUCACCGUGGAUGGUCCCAGAGAACCAAGGUCUAAGACAAGGCAUCAAGCUUUUCAUCCAUUUCACUUCGGACCUCGACCGUUCCCAUUCGGACACCCACAGGAUCCAUUGGGAUUCAAGCUGUCCGGCUUACAACAUAUAAAUCUGGAACAAGGGGCAAGCCAAGGAUGGGGUGGAUUACCUAGAGGAUCUUUACCACCGCAUUGUCUUCCGCCACCACCUGGUCAUCACGCGCACGCACAUCCACCGCCGGCCGGUGGCUCGGCCUUCAACCCCUUUCAUCACGCUAUCGAACAGAGGUCUCCCAGACUGCCUGGUUCCAACACCGAUUCGACGAGGAACGAUUUGGGUCCUAUCAGUGUCUCAGUGAGAGAAGUACCACCGACAACUUCACCGGGAAAUCCUGGACCAGGAUUAUUAACAACAGCUACCGUAGCUGCACCGACACCACCGGCCGAAUCGGUUACCACUACGACCCCAAGUCCCUCGGGACAUCACCCGCAUUUCCAAGGUCUUCAUCUAUUAGGAGCAACCGGAUCGAUCUUUGGAUCGAUAUUCGCUCCACUAUUACCUCAAUCCUCAUGGCUUUACAACCCGCUUUAUCACACACAACAGUACAUUCUGGAACCUGAAUGGCACGCGCUAGCUCUCAGAAUGGCUCAACAACGAUUACAGAGACCAGAUCAAGCUAGACUCGAAGAACUUCGAAAGUUACGAGGUACAAGUGACAGUCCCGAAGGUAGCUCGAAAGAAGACAGAAAAACAGAUCAAGAGGAUCCAGAUCCUUUGAACAGAUCAGGGAUGGAUAGUCCUGAUGGAAGUAUAGAGGUUGAUGAUAGGAACGAUCAAGAUCGAAAGAGAGAUCGGAUUAGCGAGGAAUCGUUUCUUGAACAAGACUCGCCAAGAGUUUCACCGAGCAGAAGUGAUUUAGAGGAUACAACUUCGAGAGAUGCAAAUUCUCGGGACGUACCGAUUCUUCUUCGACCUAGUAUAGAAAAUUUCAAUGAUCUUGAAAUUCAGAAUGAUCACGAGGUAUCUAUUGGUAAUGAUUAUACCGUGAAAAUUCGUUUGGAAGGUACCGUCGAUCUCAGUACGAAGAAGGGCCAGGACAAAGAGAACGUAGGUCAGGAUUUGACCAUCAGAAAGAAGGAUGAUAAUAUCGAGCCAAUCAGACCGCGAAGGGAGCGAAGUCCCAAACCAAGACACGUCUGGAGACCUUAUUAAAAGGGUUGACCAAACGUGCACUAUCGAUAAGUUUAAGACGUUUAAUAUGAUUGGAAUCGUGGAAGGAAGAGAUUCCGAUCGUUAGAGAUAAAACGAGUGAUUUCGUUACUACUGCGAUAUUAACGAUCCCAGAAAUAAUGUUAUCGUUAUCGUCGAUCGAAUACGAUGUGACCAUCGUUUUUAAAAUCUAUUAAGUAUGAGGCGACUUUCAAGUAUUUUAAAUAUUAAUAUAAGUUAAAUGUAAAUAAUACCAACCUAUCUCUUCUGCGAUCGAGAAUCAACAAUCAAAAGAAAUUUAGAAAAUACUUUAAGACUUUAUCGUGGAGAUCACUUCGAUGACUCGAGGACUAACCAGGGUUUUAUGUUCGUAAUAGCAUGUAAAUAUAUGUAACGUCCAAUCAUCAUUAUCGAUAUAGAUUAGAUUUUCGAUUAACAUUCAUUAAGUCUCAUUCUAUCUCGUUGUUCUAAUUACGAUCGAUCGUUCUUGCUGGACAAUUUCGAAUCGCAAUAAUUUUAUUGUAUUUAAUAAUCAACAUACACGCGAGAGGAUUACUUUUAAACGAUAUUUGUCCUGUUCGAAACGAUUAUCCAUUAUUUUACAUUGCGCACGCUCGAAUCAUUAUCACUAGGCUAGACUCUGAAUUAAUUAGAAAGAUUGACGAAUUUGAUUUUAUUCGAUAUGGGCGAUGUUAUCGCGAAUGUUCGUGUCGUUGUAAAUAUUAAAUAUUCACUUUAAAGAAAAACAAAAAAAGAAAGAAAAGAAAAAAAGAAAAAAAAAGAAAAGAAAAAGAAGAAAAAAAAAACGUGGGUAAAAAGCCAAAAAAGAAAAGAAAAUCUCAACAAUGAAUAAGAAACUGUAUCACUCGUAUUUCACAGAGUCAAAAUUCCCUUAUUUUUACGGGAUAAUCUCUAUCGAUGUGUUGAAACGAUAAACGAAAGCGAAGAAGUAGACCGAUUACUAUAGUCAUAACGCGUGUCAGUCACGAAUUGUCUUUACAUCGACAUACGCGUGACAUCGGCCCGAAAAUGAAGAGAAACAAUUCACUGUUUAUCUACGUCAUCAAAUAAAGUAAUAUCAUCCGUUCCA